AUGACAUUGCCUCGUCUCGAACUUCUCGCUGCAGUCAUCGCAUCCAACUUGGGAAAAUAUGUGUGCGAUCAACUGAACAACUUGCGCAUUACAAAGAAAGUACCCUGGUCCGACAGCCAGAUAGUGCUGUGCUGGUUGAAAAGCAAAAAACACUUGCCGUCAUUCGUCAAAAGGCGCGUAUCCGCAAUACGCAAGUUCAACUUCAACGAAUAUAGAUACUGUCCAACAAACGAAAACCCCGCGGAUUUACUCACUCGAGGGAUAACUAGCAGGAAGUUAGCAAACUCUGACCUAUGGUGGCAUGGACCGGAAUGGCUCACAGGUGGAGAUUGGCCCAUCAGCGAAACGUAUGAUAGCGCAAUCUUGUUACAGCUGAAUGCUGACGACGAAACAGAACCAAAGGAACUCAAACCAGUAACACCGCCGAACAUUUCUGCGAUCAUUAACGUCAAUGAUUACGGAAAACUGACAAAGCUUCUCCGCGUGACCGCUUUGGUUCAACGUUUCAUCUCAAACCUACAAAGCACAAAGAACCAACGUCAACUAGGCGAGUUGACGUCCAAGGAACUGACCAAAGCAGAGAUACUGUGGAGUAGAGACACUCGGAGAUUACAUUAUGACAAGGAAUAUCGCGCUCUCAAAACAAAGGACAAACAGAUAAACCCGCUUGUUAGACAACUCUGUCUCUGUUUGGAUGAUAAGGAGCUCAUUCGUGUAGGAGGCCGACUCCAAAACGCACCGAUAGACUAUGACGCAAAGUUCCCGUAUCUUCUGCCCACAAAGUGCAAAUUUAGUGAACUGGUCAUACGUGAUGCACACAAGCGCGCGCUUCACUGUGGUACUGAAACCACAAUGUCAUACGUACGAAACAACUAUUGGAUACCUAGACUACGUAUCACCGUCAGGAGCAUAUUACGAAAGUGCGUAGUCUGUCAUCUCGUCAUGGGUAAACCUUACCCUUGGCCACUCUCUGCACCGCUUCAAUCAUCACGUCUCAACGCGAAACACCCUUUCGAGUUGUGUGGUAUAGACUUUACCGGACAUAUCUUCAUUAAGCCAGAGACUGCUUCUCCUCAGCGAGAGAAGAAGGCCUAUAUAUGCGUAUUCACCUGUGCCAUCACCAGAGCAUUACAUCUGGAGGUGGUACCGGAUAUGACCACAGAAAUAUUCUUACUUGCAUUUAGGAGAUUUACAGCUCAAAGAUCGCUCCCUUCGAAGGUGAUAAGCGACAAUGGCUCCACCUUCUUGUCCGCUGACAAACAAAUCCAAGCAAUCAUGCAAUCGCAGAAACUAGAACAAUUCAUGGCAAACAAACGCGUUGACUGGUCUUUCAUUCCGAAGAGAAUGCCAUGGGCUACCGGAUUCGUGGAGAGAAUGGUUGGAAUUACCAAAAACUGUCUGAAAAAGGUGCUUGGACGCUCAUUUCUGAAUUUGGAAGAGUUACGAACCGUAGUAACUGAAGAACAAUGUGCGCUCAAUAAUCGCCCCAUCACAUACUGCUCAUCGGAUAUAACAGACACUGAACCACUAACCCCGUCGCAUUUCUUGCACGGACGCGUUCUCUCUGACUUACCCCGCACGGAAAUCGACAUGGAUGAACUCAAUGAUCCAACAUUUGCGUUAUCCCAAUUGGACUGGCAAAAACGUGCUAACCGCCUCACUCUGCUGAAAAAUGCUAUCUGGACUCGUUGGAAAACUGAAUACCUGAAUGCAUUACGCGAAAGACACUUGGCUAAACGUGAAGAUGGCAAGGAUAAGAACAUUAUCAAAGUUGGAGAUAUCGUGUUAGUUCACGAUGAUCUAAAAAAGCGCAUCCAGUGGAAAUUAGCUCACGUAGAAAGACUGACCUAUGGCAACGAUGGAUUAGUUCGCUCAGCGCAAAUUAAAACUCAGAAUGGGACAACAAAUCGUCCAAUCGUAAAACUGUACCCGCUUGAAGUGUCUGAUGACUCUGAAUCGCCAAAGUCGUCGGACGAUCCGCUUGAAAAUGACACUAAAGACAAUGAAUCUGACUCCCGCCCUUCAAGGCCCACCCGCCGCGCGGCCCUGAAGGCAAAAGACAAUAUCAAAGAAUGGAGUAGACUACUCAGUGGACAAUACUAG